CACUCUUUGCCAUCAGGCUGAUGGUCAAUAAUCGGGAGAAACGUGCUCGGUGCCCGCUCCCGCCCGGUCCACGUCCAUUUCCUGUGGUAGGAAAUGUAAUGAGUGUGAAUUCCAAAGAACCUUGGGUUACAUAUACAAACUGGGGAAAAACAUAUGGGCCCCUUGUGUAUUCUCGUUUGUUCAGCAAAGACAUAAUUGUCAUCAACUCUGAGAAAAUAGCAAAAGAUAUACUCGACCGUCGAUCGAGUGUUUUCUCUGAUAGGCCGACAUUAACCACAAUUGAUCUGUUUGGAUGGACUUGGAAUGUCGCAUUUAUGCCUUAUGGUGAAAGGUGGCGACAGUGCAGGCGGCUUUUUCAUCAGACAUUUCGCCCUGAAGCUGCACUCACCUAUCGUCCAGUGCAAAUGCUUAAGAGCAUGUCUUCUUCUAUUAUUAUGGCCGUUGCUUAUGGAUAUGAUACCGCACCACGCCAUGAUGCACUCGUUAAAAUUGUCGAGGAUACUCUUAAUCUCGCAAUUGGAGUGGUAACACCUGAAAAAGCAGCCCUACUGGGUGCAUUUCCGUUUCUCCUUCGACUACCGUACUGGUUACCAGGGGCAGGAUUCCAGAAGAAGGCACAAGAGAGCCGCCAGGUCAGCAAAGAACAAGUAGAUGCGCCUUAUCGACAUGUCACACAGAAUCUGACUUCAAACUCGCUGCUGCCAUGUAUCUGCUCAGACCUUUUGGGUCGAAUGAAGGAUGGUGGAAACGUAGAGUACCACGAAAACCUAGUAAAGGACGUGGCAGCAACCGCUUUCAAUGCCGCAUCAGAAACUACUUCUUCAGCCAUGCUCAUCUUUACUCUUGCAAUGCUACAGAAUCCCAAAGUCCAAGCAAAGGCCCAGGCUGAAAUCGACGCUAUAGUGGGCCGGGAUAGGCUUCCUGAGUUCAGUGAUAGGGCAUCGUUGCCCUACAUUGAUGCUGUACUUCGUGAAACGUUGAGAUGGCAUCCUGUUGUACCGUUAGGCAUUGCGCAUGCUGCUACUAAUGAUGAUAUAUAUGAAGGGUACUACAUACCCAAAGGCGCAACUGUGAUGGCAAAUUUAUGGGCAAUGUCUCACGACGAGAGCAUUUAUCCAAAUCCAUAUGAAUUCAAGCCUGAAAGGUUUCUUUCGAAUGGAAAGCUUGUCGACGAUGUUGUAAGCUACGCAUUCGGGUUUGGGAGGCGAGUAUGCAUAGGUCGACAUGUGGCCGAUGCAAGUUUAUGGGCAGGCAUCGCAUCCGUUUUGUCCGUAUUCAAUAUAAGAAAGGCAGUAGAUGACUUGGGAAAAGAAGUUGAAUUUCAGGUCGAAUGGACUUCUGGAUUAACGACCCACCCACUCCUCUUUCCAUGUGUCAUCGAACCACGAAGUCUGGAAAUGACUCCACAGAGGUUGGCUGAAAUGAUUGCUGUACAUGGAUGAAGAAUGAUCACAGUGUCUAUCAAUGUACUAGUAACAGGAUACAAACAUACUGAUGUAUAAGAGAAAUGAGCUAGAUGUACCUCUUGUUCCUUUUUAUCCACUGUUUGUUGUA